AUGUCUAAAACGAAGACGGAUGGCACCAAAGUUGGUAAACAGGCUGAGCCUAUAGAGAACAACAUAGAUAAGAGCUCCCAUUUGGUGGAUUCAUCUGGAACCAGCCGAUUUCUCGCAGAUAAGGAAAUUGAAUACGACUUCGGUGGGCCAAUUGGUGUCACUGCUAUGAUGCUUGGGUUUCCUUUGCUGAUGUACUACAUGUGGAUUAGUGCCGAGUUUUACCACGGGGCUCUUGCUUGGCCUGAACCAGACCAGUCAUGGCCACAAUUUCUGGCUCAUUUGUAUCAGCUAUUUCUUGAUCAUGGUAAGCCAAGUCCUAGAGCUUGGAGAAUUUUCCUCACAUUCUUUUUCACACAAAUGUUGUUCUACGUGACUCUUCCAGGAAUCUGGACUAAGGGUCAGCCACUGAACCAUCUCAAUAGAAAACAGCUACCUUAUUACUGUAAUGCUUUGGCGUCUUUCUAUACGAGUAUCGCCAUUGCUGUGGUGUUGCAUUUAACAGGUUUAUUCAAAAUUUAUACUAUCGUUGACAUGUUCGGUGAAAUCAUGACAUGUGCUAUCACUUUGGGUUUCACCAUAUCCAUCGCUUUGUACGUCUAUACGUUAACCGUGUCAGGGGAUUACCACAGGAUGACUGGAAAUCACGUUUACGAUAUGUUCAUGGGUGCACCUUUGAAUCCUCGUGUCGGUAUCAUUGACUUAAAGAUGUUCUUCGAGGUUAGGUUACCAUGGUACACAUUGUUUUUCUUGACUUUAGGUCUUUGUGCUAAGCAAUAUGAGGAAUACGGCUAUGUGUCCACCCAAGCAUGGUUUAUGCUAUUGGCCCAUUGGUUAUAUGCGAAUGCCUGUUCAAAGGGUGAGGAGUUGAUAGUUCCUACCUGGGAUAUGGCAUACGAGAAGUUUGGAUUCAUGUUGAUCUUUUGGAAUAUUGCUGGAGUGCCAUAUACCUACUCUCAAUGUACUCUGUUUCUUUUCUACCAUGAUCCUCAAGAAUAUAACUGGUCCACUGGCUACAACGUACUUCUUUUCACUGUUCUGUUAGCUGCUUAUUACUUCUUUGACACUGGAAAUGCUCAAAAGAAUGCUUUUAGAAAACAAAUGGGUGGAGAUGUUCAUAUUAGAAAAAGUUUCCCUUUCCUCCCUUACCAGAUUUUGAAGAACCCCAAAUAUUUGAAGUGUUCCAAUGGAUCUGUGCUGCUGAUAGAUGGCUGGUAUAAGUAUGCAAGAAAGAUACAUUAUACUGCCGAUUACAUCCAAUGUCUGACCUGGGCUUUAGCUUGUGGUGGGGCUUCUGUCUUUCCAUGGUUUUUCCCUGUAUUUUUCCUGAUAACCCUAUUACAUAGGGCUGAUAGGGACAACGCCAAGUGCAAAAAGAAAUAUGGAGCUGAUUGGGAUAAAUACCUAAAAGAAUGCCCAUACCAAUUUUUACCCUGGAUUUACUAG